AGGCCUCGGGACGUCGUACGCGUGGCGCGACGGCACACUACGCGGCCGGCCGGCCAACCGGGGCAGGUCGCCAUGGUUCUUAAAAAGGAGCCCCUCGCGCCGCGGCCAGCGGCUCGACCAACAAGCAAAGCACACUGCUACUCUCUCUCUCUCUCUCUCUCUGCGGGAGUUGCGACUUGUGAGUUGUCACAACCUUAGCGCUGUGAGCAUGCCGUCGCUGUGGCCGACGAAGAAGAAGCGGGCGGCGCGGGGCUCGCCGGCGGCCCGCCGGCCGUGGUCGCGCCGCCGCGGGAGCAAGAAGAAGAAGUCGUCGUCGCUGGGCGCGCUGUGGCGGCGGAUGGUGGGCCCGCGCAGGGGGACGACCCGGACCCGGACCCGGACGCGGGGGAAGAAGCCGGCGGGGAUGCUCUCGCGCGCCGCGCGGGUGCUCUCCUGCGGCCGCCGCUCCUACUGAUGCCAUGUCAUCGUCCGUGCUCGCAUAUAUAUAUAUAUAUAUAUAUAUAUAUAUAUAUAUAUAUAUAUAUAUAUAUAUAUAUAUCACAUCCGAAUCGUCCUCAUGUGUUCCCGUGUUCGUCGUAGCUGUGUGGUGUGGGGUGGUAGCUCUGUCGUCGACGAUGCAUGCACUCGUGUGUUAAUUGUGUGUACAUAUUCUUCUGUAUAUGCAUCUAUGUUUACUUGUAAUAAUAUUUAAACGGCAGUAUAGACCGUUUAACACACAGCGGUACGCUGUUUUUAUUUAACCAUUCAGUUUAUCAGUCCG